AUGACACGAAGAGAAGUCAUAAAACGUCAGGAUGUAGAAUCUAUACCACCUACAGAAACUAUAUCACCUACAGAAACCACCACCUUUCCUACCUUACGAGAAACUGCCACGAAAACAAAUAUAUCAACCUUAAAGGCCAUACAGACGAAUAAUGUACCAAUAUCAGUAGCAGCAAUCCCGACGCCUCCAGGAAUGAUUACUCCAUAUAUAACUGUGACCGUUCUUACAGAUAGGAUAAUAACAACAACACCUUCUGUUUCCAAUACACCAGAUUCAAGUUCUCCACAAGCAAUUAUACUUGCUGCGUCUGUUUUAAGUUCAGUUGGAAUAAUAACGGUUUUAGGCAUUAUAGUUUUAUGUUGGUUCAGAAGAGGAGAAAAAAGAAAAUUUGAAAGGGAUGGAGUAUCUCAAAUACAUGAUGAUGAAAUUAUACUAAGAAGAAGUAGAAGGGAUAAUUUUGACGGAUCAAUUGAUCAAAACGAUGACUUUAUAACCUAUAGACCCAGAGAUCCUGAUGAUGAACAAUUGCCUAGUUAUGCUGAAGCUAUUGUAAGAGGAAGAGCAAGCUUACAAGGACAAUAUUAA